AUGGGACCGCGAACAAAGGAAGUGGGAGUAAGACGAGAUAAGGAGCUGAAGAUGCGAAAGGCGUGGUGUGGAGGCGUCAAGAUAUCAUCGGUCUGGCCUCAGGGCGGGUCGGGCCCUACCACGCCGGUCCCGCCCGUCCACCUCCCUCUCCCUCUCACCACCACGCACAAGGAUAUGGAAGUGAGUACCUACCCUACGCCAUCACCUUCCUCACCCGCCCAUCCGCCCCUGCCCCUCACCACCACCACGCACGAGGAGACGGAACCCCUGGACGAUGACGAUGUCAACUCCAUGCACGAUGACAAGGACAUGGGGGGGGCUGACGCAGAGGGCGUGUGGUCGCCUGACAUCGAGCAGAGUUUCCAGGAGGCGCUGGCCAUCUACCCCCCCUGCGGCAGGAGGAAGAUUAUCCUUUCCGACGAAGGGAAGAUGUAUGACAGGAGCAAGCAGUAUGGUGAGUAG